AUGGAUGAGGAUGGAGGGACCUCAGCUGUUGGUAUGGACAACCAAUCCAUUCCAGUCCUUCGGGCCGGUUUAAAGGUAAAACCUAGAAUUAGAAAAGAAUUUAUGAACCAGAGAUAUUUAAAUGGGUUUGAGUCAUUACCAGGAGUUGAUUUAGUAUCUAUUGUCUUCUUAUGCGAGCGCAACACUGCUCCACAUGGUUCAAAGUACUGGUCUGAUACUGCUAUAUAUCAGUUCACUCAACAAAGUCUACCAGCGUGUAAACCUGUCAUGACACCAGCAUCGGUCAUUACGUCAUUUUUUCUGGUUGGCAUCAUUUUUAUUCCAGUUGGACUUGUUUGUCUUCAAGCAUCACAGAGUGUUGUGGAAAUCGUGGACAGUUAUGAUACUGACUGUAUACCAGAUCCAUUUAAAAACAAUAAGGUGGCAUAUAUCAAGGAUAGCUCAAUUCCCAAAAAGUGUUUUCGGUUCCUAAAGGUGCACAAACACAUGAAAGCUCCAAUCUACAUCUACUACCAGCUCGACAAUUACUAUCAAAAUCACCGACGGUAUGUCAAAAGUAGGAGCGAUCAUCAGCUCUUACAUGGAUUGAAGUACAAUGACACAAGUUCCUGUAGACCUGAAGAGUCAAACAAUGGUCUCCCAAUUGUCCCUUGUGGAUUGAUUGCAUGGAGUUUGUUUAAUGACACGUACGCAUUCUUCCGUGGGACCGAAGAAUUGAAGGUCAGCAGGAAGAACAUUGCAUGGAAAAGUGACCGUGAUCACAAAUUUGGGAAGCAUGUAUAUCCCUUCAAUUUUCAGAAUGGGACCUUGAUUGGUGGUGGAAAUCUAGAUCCAACUAUUGCCCUAAGCGAUCAAGAGGAUCUCAUUGUAUGGAUGCGUACUGCUGCUCUCCCAAGUUUUCGGAAGUCAUAUGGGAGAAUUGAAGAAGAUUUAGAUGUGGAUGAUGUUGUCAGAGUAGAACUCUUAAACAACUACAACACUUACAGUUUUGGCGGGAAGAAAAAGCUUGUUCUUUCAACAGCAAGCUGGUUGGGAGGAAAGAAUGACUUCCUCGGGAUGGCCUAUGUUUAUGUUGGCUCUUCUUCUAUUUUCAUCGCCUUUGCCUUCAUGUUGCUUCAUGUGAAAAAUCCAAGGUAA